AGUUUGAAGAAACUGAAUCAAAAUGGCUCAGACUGUGGGAAGAAACAUAGCGGCUCCAUUGUUGUUUCUCAACCUGAUUAUGUAUCUUAUCGUUCUCGGGUUUUCUAGCUGGUGUCUCAACAGGUUCAUCAAUGGCCAAACUCAUCACCCUAGUUUUGUAGGAAAUGGUGCAACAAUGUUCUUUCUGAUCUUUUCCAUAUUAGCCGCUGUUACUGGGGUAGCUUCAAAGCUGGUGGGAGCCAACCACAUCAGAGCUUGGAGAAAUGAUAGUCUAGCUUCAGCAGGAUCGUCUUCGUUAGUGGCAUGGGCCUUCACUGCUCUAGCUUUUGGGUUGGCGUGCAAGGAGAUAAACGUAGGAGGGCACAGAGGGUGGAGACUGAGGAUUCUUGAGGCAUUUAUCAUAAUCCUAACAUUCACUCAAUUUCUCUAUCUCUUGUUGCUUCAUGCUGGAAUGUUUAGCAGCAGGUAUGGACCCGGGUACAGAGACACCGACUACGGCGUGGGGGCGGCCGGUGCGGGCCCAGCAGGGCACAAGGGAGGUGGUGCAGUGGCUGGCUCUAGGGUUUGAAUUCAGAAAACAGUGUAAUGAAAUGUAGGGGUUGAUGGUUUUAUGUAUCAUCAUCUGCAUUAUCCAAAACAGUUAUUGCUAGCUGAUUACGUCUCUUUCGUUUGGACUCAUCCUUUUUAUUUCUAUUCCACUUUUGGUGUCUGUAAGUAGUGUUUUUUAGUUUUUUUUUUUUUUUUUUUUU